GCAGCGCUGCAAACAGUUGCGUUCUAAAAUUUAAACAGUGCAGAUCGUAGUGAGAGCGAUCGCGAGCGAACAGACUGCGUGCCUUUUUCUUAACGAUCGACGGGGAUUUGUGUUAAAACGCAUAGACAAUAACGUCGAGUCGCCUACACGCAAAUUUUUCCACCAACAACUAGCUAUCAACCACAACUACAAUAGCGUAAUGGCUGCGCAACAGCUGUGGGGCGGCCGUUUCGGUGAUGCUGAGGGUAAAACCAGUGAAUGCUUGGCCAAAUUGAAUUGCAGUCUACCGCUCGAUUCACGCUUCUACUCCGAAGAUAUCGACGGUAGCAUAGCCUACGCCGAAGCGCUGGCAAGAUCACGCCUAAUUACUGAUAAAGAGGCAGCCAACAUUGGCGCUGCUUUGGAAGUAGUACGUCGCGAAUGGAAAGAUGGUAGCAUCAAAUUUCUACCCAGCGAUGAGGAUGUACACACAGUGAAUGAACGUCGACUCACCGAGCUAAUCGGUGAUGUGGGCAAACGUUUGCAUACUGGUCGCAGUCGCAAUGAUCAAGUGAUCACCGAUAUGAAAUUGUGGUUGCGCCGCGGCAUACGAGAAACGAUGCACGGUUUGCGUGCGGUGAUCGAGGCUGCAGUGCAGCAGGCGCAAAAGAAUUUGGGUGCACUCAUGCCGGGCUAUACGCACUUGCAGCGCGCUCAGCCGGUGCAAUUCUCACAUUGGAUGCUCUCGCAUGCCUUCGCACUGCAGGCGGACUGUCAGCGCUUGUUGGAGUUGAAAGAGCGCGCUAAUUUGUUGCCCUUGGGUAGCGGCGCCUUGGCUGGCAAUCCGUUGGGUGUUGAUCGCGAGUGGCUGGCUAAGCGUUUGAAUUUUGCCGGCGUGACGCCGAACAGCAUGCACGCGGUCGGUGAUCGUGAUUUUGUGGUUGACUUCAUCUACUGUUGCUCACUGGCCAGUCUGCAUCUCUCACGCUUGGCUGAAGAUUUAAUAAUCUAUGCUACCAAGGAAUUCGAUUUCAUAAAAAUUGCCGAUGCAUUCUCAACAGGCAGCAGUUUGAUGCCACAGAAGCGUAAUCCUGAUAGCUUGGAGUUGGUGCGUGGAAUUUCGGGCAGCAUAUGCUCCUCAUUGAGUGGCAUCAUGAUGACCAUUAAGGGCACACCAACCACUUACAAUAAGGACUUGCAAUUUGAUAAACAAUAUGCGUUCGAUGCUUUCGAUCGUCUACAGGACGCUCUAACCGUAGUUGAAGGUGUCAUAAGAACCAUGCAGCUGAAUCGUGAACGCAUGGAAUCGGCGCUGAGUCCAGAUAUGUUGGCCACGGAUUGGGCCUACUAUCUGGUACGUAAAGGCGUGCCAUUCCGUCAAGCGCAUCACUAUAUCGGCGAAGUGGUCGCCUAUGCCGAGAAGGUGGGGCGGGAACUCACCGAAAUUCCGCUGGGCGAAUUGCAGAAAAUUUGCAAGCAUUUCGAUGUGGAUAUAGUGCAGGUGGCCGAUUAUGCUGUAAAUGUGGAGAAAUAUGAUGUGCCCGGUGGCACGGCAACCACUUCAGUGCAGCAGCAAUUGAAGACAUUGCAAGCAUUUGUGGAGGGCCUAAAAAAAUUACAAUGAAUAAAAUUGUAAGCAUUUAUUUUUUUUUUGGUACCAAUAUUUAAAUACAAAUAAU